AUGGCUGAGACAUUUGAGACCGGCCAUAUGCUCGUAUAUCAAUUUGAAGAGCAUCGACCUCUCUUACCACGUCCUACUUAUCAGCUUCCUUCACCAGCACAGUUGAAUUCGCAGUUGCAGUACCAACAGCAAUACGAGCAACAUCAUCCCUAUCAUACACGUUUCGAUUAUAUUGAGCAGAACCGACACUAUCAAAACAUGCCUCUCGUUGAACGGAUUGCACCUCAGCGAAAGUUUAUUGGCGGCCAAGAUUAUGCUACUCAAAAUGGACAAGCAAGGCAUAUUGGUCAAGGCGAAAAACCACCACAGUUUAGUAGCAUUCCAUCUUCAGCAACAGUAAAAGCUGGCGAAUCGGUCACAUUUGCAGCCAAAACGACAGGUCAGCCAAUACCAAAUCUUAAUUGGUAUCGCUCCGAUGGCAGUCACAUUACAACCGGUGGGCGCUAUGUGGUUGAGAUCUUAAAUGAUGGUUCCACAAAGUUGAUCAUCAACAAAUGUACAGCUGAGGAUAAUGAUACUUACUUGUGCAUUGCGGAAAAUGAAGGUGGCGCUGUGCAGAUACGUUGCUCACUUAAUGUUCUUGAACAGAAAUCGAGUGGUGCGCCUCAGUUCGUUGGUAAAUUCCAGUCUGUAACGAUUUAUGAAGGGGAUUCGUUAGCGCUUUACUGUAAAGCAAUUGGUGCGAAACUUCAAAUGAGUUGGUCUAAAGAUGGUACACCACUGAAAAGUGGUGGUUCGUUUAAAAUAGACGAUAAAGGGAACGGCGAGACAACUCUACAGAUUAUUAGCGCUAAAAUGGCUGAUGGUGGCUGGUAUCAAUGUGAUGCCACAAAUGAAUCUGGAAUAUCCUCGUUGAAAGGACGCGUAGUUGUUCAAACUCGCCAAAAAUUGGACGCAGCAAAUCGGGACCAAAUUCCAUUGAGAAAAGUUGACCGCCGUAUGGCUAGGUAUGGUGGUAAAAUGGAAGUAGAUCAUGACGAACUACGCGAAGCUUCCAAACAACCGCCAAAAUUUUUGGAUACGAUUAAGAAUUUGAGUUUAAUUGAGGGCCAGACUGCUCUGCUUAACUGUAAGUAUUCACCACCAGAUGAUGCGAACUUGAAAAUAGCUUGGCUGCUAAACGGGAAGGCAGUGAUAACAAGUUCACGUCUCUCGACAGUGGCAGAAAACGGCUAUGCUGCUUUGGAAAUCAAUCCGGUCAAAAUGCUCGAUAAAGGUGAAUAUACUGUAGUGGCUGUAAACACACUCGGUGAAGCGCGACAAUCUGCAACUGUUAAUGUUAUAGGACAUCGUAGUGUUUUGGCAGAUACCUCCAAUGUUACGCUUUAUGAUCGAUCUCAAGCUAGCAAGACAGCUACAAGAAUUGCCGAAAUGCCGAAUUUUCAUGCAGAGUUACGAUCAAUGGAAGUUUUUGAUGGCCAACAUGUCCAUCUGGAAGCGAAAUUUUCACCAGCUGACGAUGCGAAUGUUAAAAUUGUAUGGCUUUUCAAUGGGAAACCGUUGAAGCAAAGCGAUAAUGUACGAAUGUCUAAUGGUUUUGGUUUAGUCACACUAGAUAUUUUGAGCAUUACACCAGCAGAAGCUGGCAGUUAUACAUGUCAACUGGCAAAUGAAGUGGGUGUUAUGGAAUCAACAGCUACCGUACUUGUUCAGCCUCGUAUAAAAGAUUUUGAACAGAGAAAUAUAGUGGAUGUGGAAGAUGCGCGUGAAUUUCGACAUGAAUUUGAUACUUCAGCUCAUGCACCUGUCUUCCUUACAAAUCUCUCAAACUGUCAUUGCAAUCAAGAACUUGGGAGCUCAUACUUUGAAGCACGCAUUGCACCUGUAAAUGAUCCUACAUUGCAAGUAAUUUGGCUGAAAGACGGACAUGCUCUGCCGAACGCUAACAGAAUCCAAACAUUCAACAAUUUUGGCUGCGUAUCUUUAACAUUGAAUCCAACAUAUCCGGAAGAUGAAGGCACUUAUACCUGUGUCCUGAAAAAUUUGCGUGGUCAAGCUCAAAGUGCAGCGCAGCUCACUACAGUGCACACCACCGGUUUACAGCUUGAAUCUAAGCAUGAGCAGUCGCUAGCGCAGAUCGGAUAUCUUGAGGGACAGCAGGUUCAUAUUGGGCCACCGUCCGUGGAAAGACCAGAAGAAUUUAAUAGUAUGGAACAGCCGCGUUUUGCACGUCAAUUGCAAAGUCGCAUCGAAGUAAAUGAGAAUGAACCAGUGCAUUUCGAAGCACGAAUCCAACCUGCAAGUGAUGUGAAAAUGGUCGUUGAAUGGUAUCACAAUGGUGCACCUUUACCAGCUGCACACAGACUAAGACCAAUGUUUGAUUUCGGUUAUGUUGCUCUGGAUAUUCUCUAUGCAUUUCCUGAAGAUUCUGGAAUCUACACAUUGAUUGCAAGAAACGAACUAGGUGAAGUGCAAUCAAACCUCGAACUGAUCGUCAACUCGGAAAAGUCUCUUUACCUUGAUGCCCAUCAUCCAGAAGGGCUGGAUCGGAUUCAAGAGUUGGAACAAAGUCGCAUUCGUCCAUUAGAACAUCCAGCUGACCGCGAAUGUGAUCAUGAGCCACGAUUUAUCGGAGAUUUCCAUGAUUUGGAGUUGAAUGAAAAUGAAAACAUUCACUUUGCUUUGAAGUUGGAACCAAUGAAUGAUCCCACGAUGAAAGUAGAAUGGUACGUUGAUGGACGUCCACUUUUGGCUAGUUCUCGUGUCCGAACUCAAUAUGAAUUCGGUUUCUUGACGGCUGACAUUUGCGGCGCUAUUCCGGAAGAUUCUGGGAUUUAUACCGUAAGAGCAACAAAUGCGUUAGGUGAAGGGGCAAGGGAAUGCAGAAUAACUGUAAAACCGCAUGCAACCAUACUUUCUGAGACACGGCAUCAAGAAAGUUUGGGCAAAAUUCAUCAAAUAGAAAAUUUGAAUAAGUAUGGUCGACAGGAAGUGGAGGAUGAAGGCCCACAGGGACCGCCAUGUUUCACAAAACCAUUACCUGGAGAUAUUGGUGAAGUGGAAGAAGGAAAACCGCUUCAUCUAGAAUGUCAAAUAACUCCUGUAAAUGAUAACACAUUGCACAUUAGUUGGCUAAAAGAUGGAAAGCCAAUUCCAACGGGACAUAGAUUCCGUACCUUCCAUGAUUUUGGUUUCGUUUCUUUGGAUAUUUUGGAUGUCUAUGCUGAAGAUUCGGGAACAUACACAUGCGUUGCUAAAAAUGCGCUUGGACAAGCAGACUCAUCUAUUAGUUUCACGUGCAAGGACAAAGAGCGGAUUCUUGGCCAGACACAACAUCCAAGCAGUGUUGCUAAAAUUCAGGAAAUUGAAGCACCAAAGCCAGCUCCAGAAGAAAUUCCGGACGCAAUAAAGGAAGCACCAAAAUUUGUCAAGCAUAUUGGUAUCGGUGAAAUGAUAUAUGUAACUGAAGGUGACAAUGUUUAUCUAGGAGCACAAAUUACUCCUGUGGAUGACAAUUCCUUAACGUAUGAAUGGCUUUUAAAUGGCAGGCCAUUGAUGAAAGCUCACCGUUUUGUGCUUAGCCAUGAUUUCGGGUUUAUUGCACUCAAUAUUUUGUAUAUGUAUCCCGAAGAUAGUGGUACAUAUACCCUAAUUGUGAAAAAUGCAGCUGGCGAAGCACGAUCUGUUGCUGAUAUCGAUUGUAAGGCUAAAGGAAGCAUGAUAACGGAAUCCUUUCAUCCUAAUUCAGUACAACGUAUUCGUGAACUAGAAAUGCCGUUGCAGUCACCAGAUGAGCGUCCGGAAGCACCACGAAUGGCACCACGAAUUACACGAAUUCUACCGCCGCAACUAGAGAAUAUACAUGAAAGUCAAACACUCCAUUUAGAAGCACAAAUUUUGCCUGUCGAUGAUAAUCAGCUUAAAGUUGAGUGGCUUCAUAACGGACAUCCAUUGAAAGCCAGUAGUCGAUAUCGCUUGAUGAAUGAUUUCGGCUUUGUAUCUUUGGAUAUUGAUUAUGUUAUCGCUGAAGAUGCUGGGACGUAUACAUUACUUGUUACAAACUCUGAAGGUCGUGCGGAGACAAGCACACAAUUCCAUGUAGAACGACUGAAAAAUAUUUACAUGGAUACCGAACAUCCUGAAAGUUUACGAAGGAUCCAAGAAAUUGAAGCAAUACAACCAGCGAAGCCAUCUGAAGAAGAAUUGAUGCCUGAGAAGCCAUCUUUCACUCAACCAUUGAACGGUCCUAAGGAAGUUCUUAGAGAAGGACAGUCAGUGCACAUGGAUUGUAUGGUGCAGCCAAUUAACGAUCCUAAUUUGAAGAUUGAAUGGUUUCUCAAUGGUUAUCCAAUCAUGUUUGGAUCGCGUAUUCGAACUAUGCAUGACUUUGGUUAUGUAGGCCUUGAAUUCCUCCACAUUCAUCCUGAAGAUUCGGGCACUUACACAUGCAAAGCUAGCAAUGCAGCUGGGGAAGCAACUACUGAAUUCUUCAUCGAAUGUAAACCACGAAGAAAUAUCUAUCUUGAUACUCAGCAUGCAGAAUCAUGGGCAAAAAUACAGGAGAUGGAGAAUUAUGAACCACCACGUGAACCAUCACCUGAGCUUUCAUUUCCACCGCCAACUUUCACUGUACCUCUACAAAAUUUUGACGGUAUCGUUGAUGGUGAAAGUGUUCGAUUAGAAUGUAGGCUACAACCAAUUAAUGAUCCAACAUUAAAAGUAUAUUGGACCAAAAAUGGAUUACCAUUACCGGAAGGAAGUCGCUUCAUGCCGGCACGUAAUCUGGAUUAUGUGACGCUGGAUUUGCUGGCUGUGUAUGGCGAAGAUUCAGGAAUGUAUUCAUGCCGAGCAGUUAGCGAAUUUGGGGAAGCAACAACAUCAUGCACCGUCACAUGCCAGCCAACGGAAUCCCUGCUUUUGGAUACUCAACAUCAAGAAUCUUGGAAUCAAAUUCAAGACAUAGAAAAUCGUCGUCCCCAAGAACCAAUUUACUUUGAACCAGAAAAAAUACCACCACGAUUUAUCGUGGCUCUGCCAGCGCAAAUUGGUGAAUUCACUGAAGGUGAACCUAUUCAUCUGGAGGGACAGGUUGAACCUACAAGCGAUAGUGAACUUACAGUAGAGUGGUAUCAAAAUGGACAACCACUCGCAAAUGGACAUCGUUUUCGGAAAACACACGAUUUCGGAUAUGUUUCAUUGGAUAUUCUCUAUGCUUUUCCUGAAGAUAGCGGAGAGUGGGCAUGCAUAGCGAGUAAUAGUUUAGGAGAUGCUCAAUCAACAACAGUAUUCAAAGUUAUCGGCAAGACAGUAAUCAACAGUGAAAGCCAGCAUCCAGAAAGCCUGCAAAGAAUUAGAGAAAUUGAAGCACCAAAGGAACUAGCACCAGAAACACCGGAAUUAAAACCUUUGGCACCUCAAUUUAUACAGCCACUGCAAUCCAUCGAGAGGAUCGAAGGCCAGCCCGCACACUUUGAAACGAGGGUAACACCAAUCAGCGAUCCGAAGAUGAGAAUACAGUGGUUCAAAGACGGUGUUCCUCUACUGAACAGUAAUCGAUUCCACCACACAUCUGAUUUUGGAUUCAUCGGAUUCGAUAUUUCAUAUACUGUUCCAGAAGAUACUGGUUUAUACACGGUUGUAGCAACAAAUGAACAAGGACAGGAUCAAGCAGAAGGACAGCUUUAUGUUGAGACCAGAUCAGCCAUUCUUGGUGAUACGCAGCAUGAGAGUAGUUGGCAAAAGAUACAAGUACUGGAACAACCGAAAAAGAGGCCUGAAGAGGCUCCGGAAUCUAAAUAUGGGCCACCUCAUUUCACUCGACAGUUAAAUUCCAAUGAAAAUCUUAUCGAAGGACAACCGGCACACUUUGAAGCACAAUAUGAACCAAUUAAUGAUCCACAAUUGGCAAUUUUAUGGUUUCAUAAUGGUCGACCACUAUCUGCUGGUAGCCGUAUUUCAAUGAGAAACGAAUUUGGCUUGGUAACCCUCGACAUACAUUAUGUCUUGCCGGAAGAUAUUGGUGAAUUCCGUUGCUUGGCAAGAAAUGCAGCAGGCGAGGACCGGACAUCUGGUAAUUUGCAGUGUCAGACUCGAGCAAGCGUCCUCGCGGAAGUACAACAUCCUGAAAGCUGGAAAAGAAUUCAAGAAAUUGAAGCACCCAAGGCUGUGCCUACUGCUCCAGAAUCGGCAGUUUAUGCAAAACCGACUUUCACGCAACCCUUGAAAAGUAUGGCUGAUGUACCAGAAGGGAGUGCUGUUCUUUUCGAAGCAAGAGUUAUACCCGUUAAUGAUCCCAAAUUACAAAUUCAAUGGUUCCAUAAUGAGGCUCCAUUGCAACAGAGUAGCUGGCACACAAUGACCAAUGAUUUUGGAUGUGUCACUUUGCGCAUUUCACCUGUUUAUCCACAUCACUCAGGUGUCUACUCGUGUAAAGCAGUAAAUGAACAAGGAGCAGCUGUGACAAGCGCAAAUCUCUCUAUCUUGGGUGCGGAUAGUUUGGUAAUGGACACUCAGCAUCCAGAUUCCUUGAAAAGAAUUCAAGAAUUGGAGUCGAUCGAUAAAAACGUUCGCUUGGAAGUACCCGAACCAGAGUUCGGCAAACCAAAUUGGAUCAAAGCCUUUGAUAACAUUGACAACUUGCAAGAGGGUGAAAUUGUGCAUUUGGUUGGAUAUGUGGAACCAAUUGGUGAUCCUCAUUUGAAAAUCGAAUGGUACCUGAAUGGCGCUUCCUUGAAAAAUUCAAAUCGAUAUCGUCAUGAAAAUGAUUUCGGAAAUGUUACGCUGACAAUCGUCCAUGUUCUUCCGGAAGAUUCUGGAGUAUACACAUGCAAAGCUAUAAAUAAGCAGGGUGAAGCUACUACUAGUGCUACAGUGAAAGUUGCUGGUUACGAAUCGAUUGUGCGUGAUACUCAGCAUCCUGUAUCUUGGGAAAAGAUCCAGAUUCUUGAAAUACCGACAGUAGUUGAAGAAAUUGAGGAAGUGGUAGAAAAAGAGAAACCGCGCUUCCUCACGCAACUUGAAUCGGCAACUGAUAUUCCUGAAGGUGCAGUCGUGCAUCUGGAAGCAACAUUCCAACCCGCCCGUGAUCCAGAUCUUAAGGCAAUCUGGCUACGCAAUGGGCAACCGCUUGGUGCCAGUCAACUUGUGAAAACAAGAAGCGAACUAGGUUGGGCAGCCCUAGACAUCGGUGGUGUUAAUCCAGAUCAUAAUGGUAUUUACACCCUUAAGAUUAUAAACAGUGAGGGCGAAGCAGCUUCAUCUGCAUCUAUUAAGGUCGCUGGUAUUGGUGACAUUUUGCUGGAUACUGCGCAUGAAGAAUCAUGGCGUAGAAUCCAAGAAAUUGAAGCGCCAAAGGAAAAGGCACCGGAAUCACCACCACCAGUUUAUGAAGCUCCAUCAUUUCACGAGCAAAUUUCGGAUGUUGAAUGUGGUGAAGGUGAACCAUCGCGCUUCGAGGCGGUCAUUGUACCAACUAAUGACCCCAAUUUGCAAGUUACUUGGUUUCGAAAUGGCCAGCCGCUGGCACAUGGUUCGAAAUAUGCAAUUUCGCGGGACUUCGGUUUUUGUACUUUGGAUAUCGGCUAUACAUAUCCUGAAGAUCAGGGUGUGUAUCAAUUACGCUUAACAAACGAAAAUGGUGAGGCAGUUUCCAGUGCUACAUUGAAAUGUCAUCCAAAAGAUGCAGUAUAUGGGGAUACCCAGCAUGUAGAGUCAUGGAAACGAAUACAGGAAUUGGAAGCACCGAAAGCACCGAGACCCGAAAUGCCUCCAUCUCCUAAAACAUUACCUAGAUUUCUUACGCAUAUCCAGAGCCCUGGAGGCGAUUUGUAUGAAGGACAGCCAGCUCACUUUGAAGCUACUGUAGAGCCAAUAGAUGAUCCUGAUCUCAAAAUACAAUGGUUCUUGAAUGGAAACCCGAUAUCGGCAAGCUCAAGGAUAAAGAUGAUUAACGAUUUUGGUUGGAUUAUCAUGGAUAUAAGCGCAGCGGAGUCACGGGACAGUGGCGAAUGGACAUGCGUCGUGUCGAAUGAAGUGGGCGAAGCGAAAAGUUCUGCAUCUGUUAAUGUUUUAAGCAAAGAAAGUAUCGUUUUUGACUCGAUGCAACCGCAGAGUCUUGAGAGGAUUAUGGAAAUGGAAGCUGAGAAACCAGUUCCUGAUGAAGCUCCACCGAAAAUCUUCGGUCCGCCACAAAUUGCUAUUCAUCUAAAGAAACCAGAAGGUCUUACCGAGGGUGACAGCACUCACUUAGAAGCUCAGUUUACACCAGUUGAUGAUCCAAGUCUCAAAGUAGAAUGGUUCCGUGAUGCCAAACCCUUGUUUCAUGCAAAUCGAUAUAAGAUGGUGCAGGACUUUGGCUUUGCAAUACUUGAUAUCUUACAUCUUUUUGCGCAGGAUGCUGGUGAAUACACUGUGAAAAUUAUUAAUUCUGCUGGUGAAGCGAGCUCAUCAACUGUUUUAGAAAUUGCAUCAAAAGAGACUCUCCUACUACAACCUCAGGAUGAAGGUAAGGCAAAAGCAAUUGAACGGCUUGAAUAUAAUCUGCAUUUGAAACCAGAAGAGAAAGCUGCAGAAGAGCAAAAAACUGUUCCCGUAUUUAUUGAACCUCUUUCUGCUCCUGUCGUUUGUGAGGAAGGAGAUCGUGUUCAUUUCACUGCUCGAUAUGAACCACUAAAUGAUAAUCAAUUGCAGAUCCAGUGGUACCUGAAUGAAAAACCGCUAAAGACGGGAAGUCGUGUCAAAACAAUCAGUGAUUUUGGUUUUGUUGUCUUGGAAAUAUCGCCAUCAUAUCCUGAAGAUUCGGGUGAAUAUACAUGCCGUGCCAUUAACAAGGUUGGUGAGGCGGUAACCAGCACACAGCUGAAAUGUAACUCGAAGCAGAAGAUUAUCACGAAGUCGCAACUCCCAGAUAGUAUGUCUGGCGCUUACAAGAAAAUCGCUGAAAUUGAGGCGCCAAAAGCACCGGUUCCUGAGAAGCCUGAGUUUGAUUAUGAAGCACCAAAGUUCUUAACCCAGUUACAGUCGUUGACAAAUUUAUCGGAAGGACAGCUGGCGCAUUUGGAAGCACGAGUGGAACCAAUAGGUGAUCCGAGCUUAAAAAUUGAAUGGCUCCAUAAUGGACAGCCCGUUGGACAUACAGCUCGUAUGAAAGCAAUCCAUGAUUUUGGCUUUGUGGUUCUAGAAUUGAUACCUGCAGAACCACAAGAUUCGGGCAAAUGGGUAUGUCGUGCAAGCAACAGGAAAGGACAAGCUGAAACAUCAUGUGAUAUGCAGGUAAAAGGUAUGGGUGGUAUUGUUUCUGAUUGGCAGAGUACUGCUGAAGGCAAAGAUCGUAUUGAAAAACUAGAAGAAUAUAUCCAUCGGCCAAGAGAUGAAUUGGAUCAACCAAUCAGAGAGUUUGAUGCACCGUACUUUACCCAAAACCUCAUUGAUCUUGGUCAGAUGAAUGAAGCAGAGGCAACGGCUUUUACUUGUGUGUUGCAACCAAUUGGUGACCCGUCACUUCGUAUCGAAUGGCUUCAUAAUGGGCAUUCUAUACCCUAUUCAAAUAGGAUACAUAUGUCAAACGAUUUUGGUGUUGCCACAUUGCUGAUUAAGCAUUUGAUAACCGAGGAUAGCGGAGAAUACAAGUGUAUAGCUUAUAAUUCUAAAGGAAAAGCAGAAAGUGUUGGUCAUAUAGAAGUUGCAUCCGUCAUUCAGAUUGAUGCACCACAAAUAAUUCAACCUCUCGUUGAAAACAUUGAUGGAGUUGAGCAAGGUGACUCUGUCCACAUGGAAUGUCGUGUUUCGCCGAUCAAUGAUUCAAAAUUGACAAUUAACUGGUUGAAAGAUGGCAAACCACUCGCGGAAGCUUCCCGUUUCAAGCCAUCAUGCGAAUUCGGUUUCGUGACGUUGGAUAUUCUCUAUGCACUUCCGGAAGACAGUGGCGUUUAUGAGUGUGUUGCUAUGAAUGAUAAAGGCGAAGCAUCCACUAGAACUCAUGUCACGGUCUUUUCAAAACCAAGUGUAGAAUUUGCGCCGCAAGCACCUGGGGCCAAUAUGGAAAAUCUCGAGAAUCACUUACGUCAGCAUACCCGUGUUGCUUUGGCACUUACCAAAGAGGAUGCUUACAAUGAGGCUACAAAGCGACCGCCUGAAUUUAAAACUAACUUAACGAAUAUUGGUGUUGAGGAGAGUGACUACUGUCGCUUCGAAACACAAGUUGCACCGAUUAAUGACCCCUAUAUGAAAAUCGAGUGGUUUAAAGAUGGAAAGCCGGUUUUGAUUGGACAUCGAUUCCGCUCGAUGCUAGAUUUUGGAUUCGCAUGUUUAGAUGUCCUCUACGCAUUACCCGAUGAUACUGGUGAAUAUACUUGUGUUGCUACGAAUCCUUAUGGGAAGGCAACAACAUCAGCGAAAUUGGCUUGCUCUGGUUCUAAACACAUUAUCACCGAAAGCCAACUUCCGCAGGGUGUCCUAGUUUCUGAUGUCAAGAAACUCGGUGAUCAGCCGUAUUGGUCCGAACAAAUGAGCGAACAGCGGCGUGAGAAACAACCACCGAGAUUUACAAUCAAACCUAUGAAUAUACAGGCAGUAGAAAAUGAACCUGCCAGAUUUGAAUGUGCAGUAAUCGGUAAUCCGAAACCGAAAGUUAUUUGGUAUAUAAACGGAAAUCAAGCCAUACAUGGGAGCAGAUAUAAGCUGCAUUAUGAUGGAAUCUACUAUUUGACAAUUUCUAAGACGAAAAUAUCAGAUGCUGGUGAAAUCGUUGCAAUUGCGAAAAACUCGGAGGGUGAGGUACUUGCUUCCGCUAUGCUAGACGUUUAUCAGACCAAGGACUUCCGACAUAUCAAGCUAAAACCGACGUCGUUUAUGACCAUAGACGAACUGCACGAGAGGGAAUUCAGAUGGCAGAAGGAAGUUCUAGGCUCUCUUGGCGAAGCAUUUGAGAAAGCACCAAAGGCUGACCAGCAAAAAUUGAUGAGGAUUGAACGGUCGAAGACACCUACUGAACCUCUGGAAAGUGAAGAACUUAUCGAGAAGUUUACCAGACCUAAGGACGAACAGUUCUACAAUCAGCUCACUUAUAUUGAGACAACUCGUCCAACCUUUGAAAGCAUGAAGUUGGAAGACAUAACAUUAAAACCAGGACAUAUCGAGAAAUAUGAGCCAGCGAAGGAAAAGAUGGAACGAGUGGAACUAAGAGCAGCUCCUAAAGUGGAAAAGGAAGUAGCACUUGCAGGCUCUAGUGUAUCAAAGCCGCAAUGGGCAGUCGAAAAAAAGCUUGGCAACGUUGAGUCACGGUUCCGACGAUUACCUGAGCAAGAGAAAGAAGUAGUAUUACCGGCGCGUGACCAAGUGAAAUUUAAGUUGGCGAAACCAAAACCCGCGGCUGAAUUACCACCCGCCCAACACGUAGAAAUUGAAAAGGAAAAAGCGAAAUUAGCCUCUGUGAAACAAAAACCGGAAGCACCCAAGCAGGCAGAAGUGCCAGCAAAAGAUCAGGUAAAGAUAAAACAGAAAUUCCAACCGAAAGUAAUGAAACCGUCGGAAGCAUCAGUUAUUGAGAGUGGUCCUCUGAAAGAAACACCUGCUGUUGUCAAAGGGAAGAUUGCGGAAUCAACAAUACCGUCGAAACAUUCUGUACUAUAUCAAAUUUGCCGUGAACGUUCUGAGCAUGCAGUUGGAAUGAACUUAGCAGAACAAGAAGAUCUGAUAUCCGAAGAAUAUGCGAAACCUAAAGAGUACAAUUAUGCCAAUCGGAUCCGAGAACGAGUCUUGGGUUUUCGUAUUCUUCGACGUGUUGUUCCGCAACCAACUAAAAUGGGGCAAACCCAGAAAACACCGCCACAAAUUUCUCAGCAGCUGAAGCCAGUACAAGCUGAAAUCGGACGUCAGGCACAGUUCAAUGUGUUGUUUAGCGGCGAUGAGCCCAUUACAGUACAGUGGUUCCGAAAUGGUAAAGAAAUCAAAUCAAGCUUCGAAUUUCAGAUCGAUACUACGCCAAAAAGCUCAGCUUUGACCGUUGGGAAGCUGAAGGUAGACCACAGUGGUCAGUAUAUGUGUCGCGUAACGAAUGUUGCGGGUACCCAGGAAUCGAUGGCUAAUUUAGCGGUUGUUCCACAGAUGGAACAUGGAAUAGCACCUAACUUCACACAGCGAAUGGCUGAUGUCCGCGUUCAACAAAAUGCUUCGUCACAGUUCAAGUGCAUUGUUACUGGCAAUCCUGAACCGAUUGCUAGCUGGUUCAAGGAUGGCAAGCCACUGCCAAAUGACGCGCGAUAUCAGAUUAUCAGCAAUGGUAAUGAACGUAUGUUAAUAAUCUCUGAUACAUUACCGCAGCUUGCGGGUAUUUACGAAUGCGUUGUGAAGAAUAGCGCUGGUGAAUCUAGAUGUAAAGCUCGUCUUAAUGUUAUACUGGCAAGAACUGGUAAAGACGCUGAAGUUGGACCUCGACUAGAAGCACCUCGAUUCCAGUCCCAAAUACAACCUUCUGUAGUUGCUGAAGGUGCAUCCGCUGAAUUCAGAGCAAAGUAUACUGGUUCUCCUGAACCAAUGAUUCGAUGGUAUCGCAAUAAUGAGCCAAUCAAAAAGACUAAACAUUUCGAAAUAGGCCAAGGUAAGGGUGAGGCUGUACUGCGCAUCACAAAGUGUUAUCAGGAUGAUGUGGCGGAAUAUAAGUGUGAAGCAACGAAUCCAGCUGGUAAAGCAACGAGCGUCGCCAACUUGCUUUUACAGCCAAAAAGUGGUAUUAUUACGCGAACGACGACUGCAGCAUCUUCUUCUGCAGCUGGAGAAGUACCGAGUAGUACUGUUACUGAGAGCACUCAAAUGAGGAAAAAAGCUCCUUCUUCUGGUGCACCGCAAUUUAUUUUAAAACUUUCGGAUAUAACCGCUCGAACAGGACAUACGGUAAAGUUCGUUGCCGAAAUAUCAGGUAACCCACAACCGACCGUCGCAUGGCAAUUUAAUGGAAAACCCCUUUAUGAUGGACAGAAUCAUAAGAUAUCACUGAUUGGUAAUAAAGCAGUUCUGGAGUUACAACGAAUUUCAGAAGCAGAAGCUGGAGAUUAUAUCAUAACAAUUCGCAAUCCCUUGGGCGCUGCCCAGAGUCAAGCAAAACUCAAAAUCCAGUUCCGAUAGAAGUAUCUUAUUUCAC